AAAAAUUGCUCUAGUCCUUGCUCACAAUUCCAGUCAAUCCUUUUCCCCUUUCCGGCCAUAUCGACGAUGUCUGACGAGGAGCACCAGUUCGAGUCAAAGGCCGACGCCGGCGCCUCCAAGACUUACCCCCAGCAGGCCGGCACUAUCCGUAAGAACGGUUACAUUGUUAUCAAAGGCCGCCCCUGCAAGGUUGUUGAGGUUUCAACUUCCAAAACUGGAAAGCAUGGCCACGCCAAAUGUCACUUUGUUGCAAUUGACAUCUUCACUUCGAAGAAGCUCGAGGAUAUCGUUCCUUCUUCCCACAACUGUGAUGUUCCACAUGUUAACCGCACUGACUACCAGCUUAUUGACAUCUCUGAAGAUGGAUUUGUGAGCUUGCUGACUGAUAGUGGCAACACCAAAGAUGAUCUCAGGCUUCCAACUGACGAGGCUCUCCUUACUCAGAUCAAGGAUGGAUUUGCUGAAGGGAAGGAUCUCGUUGUGAGUGUUAUGUCUGCCAUGGGGGAGGAGCAGAUUAAUGCUCUCAAGGACAUUGGUCCCAAGUAGUUCGGGAUUGAUAUGAUAUGAUAAUUAUAGUUUAGUAAAUGAUGGGAGGACCAUUUACCAUCUUUUUAUUCUGGGUGCUUCAGACUGGAUUAUUGAUGGUUUGUGUCCUCGACGAUGAAGAGACCACUUUCCUGUUAUUAGGAUUGUCUAGGUCGCAAUUGUGUUUCAUUUCCUCUUUCCAUUUUUGUCACCUUUGAACUCCUGUCAUGUUUAUUACUGUGGAAUUUUAGAUUUGGUAUGAUGAAAACUCAAGUCUUCUUGCGUA